UUGAUUGCCUCUUAACAUGCAAACAACUCUGUCCCACUGUGCGGCGCGCGCAAUUCUAUUUUCUCACUUUUCCCGCACCCACUUUCGUGAGUGAAUGCUCUCUCCUAGAACGCAUGCUGAGCAACAUUCAUAUUAAUUUUUCACUUGAAUCAACUUUAUUGCUUUCUUUGUUUGAUUCUGGCAUUUCCUCGUGCAAAACAUCGCCAACCAACCUGCUGCAAUAUAAUGAAUUUUCUUCGAGCAGUGAUAAAAGUUUAAUGAAAUUAAUUAAAUGUGUUAACUUGUGAACUUUGUUAUAAAACAAUAGCAACACGCAAAACGAGCGCAUACGAGGCUAAUCAACAGUUUAGCUCCAAUUGUUAUUGUUAUUGUUAUUGGACGUUGCCUUCGCGGACGCUUCUUAUCACUAGGCUUUUGUGCGCGUUUGUCGAUUGUCGCAGCGCUUUGCAUCGUUCGCGCCACCUCUGCCUCCGCCGCCGGUUCAUUCACUCUUUUGUGUGCAAAUUCUUGAUUUAUUGUCGCGCGAAUUCUCAGCAUCUAAGUAUGUGCGUUUAUUCUCGUUUAGAUUCGCUCAAUUCGCUCAAUUAUACAAGUUGUCAUCGCUAUUGUGCCUAAGUGAAAUUUGUUGUAGCGGUAAUCAAAACAAAAACCGUACAAAUAAAUAAACAACAACUGCAUAUAUACAUACAGUAUAAUUGAAGAAGUGCAGUGCAGCAAUCCGGUUUAGCGCAGAAAUCUAAUAAAAAUGGCAGCAAGUGCGGCGAGCGCCAUCUCUAUGUCACAUUUGGAACUUGGUUCUGAGCAUAGACUUUACGCACGCUUACGCGAGCUUUACGAUUUUUAUCGCCAUCAGUUUGGUGGUGAACCGGAAUUCUUCGUUCGCAUGCCUGGACGCGUCAACAUAAUCGGCGAGCAUGUGGACUACUGCGGCUACCCCGUCUUACCGAUGGCUAUUGAUCAGUGCAUUCUGUUGGCGGUCGGACACGAUGAGGAAAAUACAUUUCUACAGCUACGCAAUGUGGAAACAAAGCGCUACGAAAACUUCAAAUGCGAUUUGAGUGCGCUCAGCAUUGAUUUGCCACAAAAUGGUGCACCGAAAUGGUAUAAUUACUAUCUGUGCGGUGUGAAGGGCAUCUAUGAGCAAAUCCAACAAGCGAACAGUGGUGAAACUAUGCGGCCCAUCGGCAUGCAUGUCGCGUUGAGCGGCAACAUACCGCCAGCUUCGGGUUUGAGCAGCUCCAGCGCACUGGUUAGCGCCGCUGUGUUGGCCACGGCAUAUCUGCACCAAUUGCCUUUGGAACGCAAACAGUUGGCCGCCAUAUCGGCACGCUGUGAACGCUACAUUGGCACACAGGGUGGCGGCAUGGAUCAAGCCAUCGCCUACCUGGCCAAGGCUGGUUGCGCACAAUUCAUCGAAUUCCAUCCGGAGCUGAAUGCCACACCCAUACAGUUGCCGGCUGGUGUGUGCUUCAUUGUGGCCAACAGUCUGGCGGCAAAGAACAAAGCAGCCUCGUCGGAUUUCAAUGAACGCGUAGUGGAAUGCCGCUUGGCUGCGCGCAUUAUUGCCAAGCAUAUGAAGUUCAGCAAUUGGCGUGGCAUGUUGCGCUUUGUGCAGUUGCAAGAGGCGCUGCAUUGCACGCUCGGCGAACUGGAAGAGCUAGUGUUGAAAUGGCUGCCAAAGGAUAUUUACACACGCGCAGAGUUGUGUGCGCGCGAGUUGGAGGUCGACGCUGAGGAAUUCGAGAGGGAAUUUCUCACCAUCAAUACGCGGCACAUGACACAAUUCAAAUUGAAGCAACGCGCUCUACAUGUCAUACAAGAGUCACUGCGUGUGGCGAAAUUUCGCCAAAUAUGCGAGCGCCACCAUAACGAACCGCAAUACAUCUGCAAUGGCGUGAACGGAACGUCAAACGGUAAUGGUGUCAAUGAUGCCAUAAAGCCAUUUACCCUGCUGUCACAAUUGAUGCGUCAAUCACACCAAAGUCUUAAGGAGCUCUACGAGUGUUCGCACACCGAUCUGGAUCGUUUGAUUAGCUUAUCCGAUGAGGCGGAGGUAGGCGCUAGACUCACCGGUGCAGGUUGGGGUGGCUGCGUGGUUGCCUGCUGUGACUCUUUGGAAUCCUCUAAGCAAUACAUUGAAAUGCUUAAAGCGAAUUACUUUAAGCUGUUGCCACAAGAUUUGCUCGAGCGGUAUGGCGCCAAUGACUUCGAUGAUGUUGUGUUCGCCACAUUUCCGGAAAAUGGCGCUGAAAUCUUUCAACUCAACUUUGUGUCUUGUUAAUUGACAAGCGCGUCGUUUUCUGUUGCCAACAGUUGCCAAAAUCUUGCUAGUAAAAAUAUAUAAUAUAUACAUUUUUUAUAUAAUCCUCCAUCCAAUACAGGGUGAUCAAUCAAAUAUGUAAUGAACUGUAAACAAAUCUUUAAUUCUCUUUUACAAGAAAUAGCUAAAUGCAUUUUUAUACGUAAACAUGUAAAAAACAGUAUUGAACUUAAUUAAAGGAAGUUGAGAAAUUUAAUAAAUA